UCUUCUGGUUUCUGCAGGUGGUAGAUGGGUGAAUUAAUUAAUACCCUGGGAUUCCAUGUAUGUUGCAAUUCUGCCUCCUAAUCUCAUUGAACAAAAGCAUAUGAUUAAGAUUGUACUUAUCCCAAGCUGUGCAUGAAAAAAAAACUAUGUUGAUAUUUGAAAGCAUAGUUUAUUCUAGCAACAUGGAAAUAGAUUUCCAGAACAUAAUUUGAUAAGACUGCUUUACAAAGAUCCUUUCACUUACCUAUUCCAGUUCAGGAAUAGUUUUGACUAAUUUUAAUUUUGAACUAAAUGUUGUGGGUGCAGGGUUAAAAAAAAAAAAAAAUGAUAUACCUGCAUACACAGUUUGUAAUGAAAGAAGUCAAACUGUACAUGCAUGGUAAACGGUUUCAUUGUGGCUAGUAUAUUGCCAGUAAGUCCCAAAAUAACACGUUGAUUAUGAAGUACACAGCUGUCCACUUUGCCUUUGCCCUGGCCACCUGGAAUCCAAAAAAAUGAUAGAUUGCCAUGCUUUCUGGUGUUUUCAGCACUACAGCGGAAAUCCCUUAACAAAAUCAUUUGUACUUUAAAAUAUCCUGUGUAACAUCUGUGUUCCAUAUGUCUUCCAUGAAGACUUUCAACUCAAGCUUAGUUAAGCAUAUAGCAACAGCAAGACCUUUACCGCAGUACAGCAUGUCCGUCAACCUCAAUGAGAAACACUGUUUUUUUUCUGAUUUUAAUAAUAACAUUCCAGAAUAGACUAGGGAACAUUUCCGAAACAAUGUUAAACAUUUGGAACAAAAAACAAGAUUUUAUGGAACCAAAUGCCAUCUAAUUCGAACAAAACUACGGAAGAAAUUGGUUGUUCUUCAAAAGACUUUGUUAACAUCUGUCUUGUGUAGCUGACUUGUGUUUUUGCAUGUUAUUGUGUGUCUCUUGUACAAGCUUACUUACAAAAGCAUGUGUGAUUAAUGGCUGGAUUUAUCAGUGCUUGUUUGUGAGGAUACAACUCCAACAAAACCCUCAGGCUGUUCAUGCAGAUUCAGUACCUGCUGCUGUUUCAUGUUGCACCUGGGUCAGUCGCAUUUAGUCCUUUUAAACUAGAACUGAUUUAAUCAGCUAUUUGAUUUUUUUUCUUAAAGUAUGAAAAAAUGGAUGCAUUUACUUUCUGUGGAGAAAGAAAAUCAGUUCACUUUAAAUCUUUUGUAUUUGUUAUCAUUAUAUUAGUCUGCCAGGCAUCAAUUAGCUGAGUGUUUAACCUAUUCAAUAAAUUUGACAAAUGCAACCUUAAUGCUACAUGUCUGUCAAAAAACUAUAUAACAUGCAAUGGAACUCCAUAGGAAUAAGAUAAAUUAAGAACCUAAAUAUAAUUGUAAUCCAAUACAUUCUUUCUAACUGCAUUUAUUUAUCUGUCUAUAGUAAAAAUGUGUUUAUAGCACAUUGUGCUGCUUUCUUGCAGUUCUGGUUAACUACAGUGCUAGUCAAGCCAGUGUAAGUUUAAUUGACAAGUAUAAACCUGUCAGUUGCACAUCAGAAUAAAAAACGAAGGUCAUUUCAUGCAGUCUAAAAUGGUGCUGUAUCAUCAUUUGAUAAGAUUGUUAGCAUUCAAGAUAUGGCCUUUUCACAGUGUGCUGUGCCAGGAUGUAAGAGGAACUGCUCAUUCAAUAAAUGAAAAGGCUGCACAGACUGUUCAAAAAGAAAAUAUGCUGGAGUCCAAUAACAAUUCUGUUAACACUGAAAUAUUUUCACCGAAUCUUACAAGUUUAGACUCCGAAAUGACCAACACAGAAGAGGAGACUCCUCAGCUAAUGAGAACAAAGAGUGAUGCAAGUUUCAUGAAUGUACAGAGAAGAUCCAAAUACCGAACUUCAGGAGAAAUGCAGAGGAUUAAACGUCAUAGGUUUUCCAUCAAUGGUCAUUUUUAUAACCACAAGACUUCAGUGUUCACUCCUGCCUAUGGAUCUAUGACAAAUGUUAGAGUGAACAGUACUAUGACCACACCACAAGUACUGAAUUUACUUCUUAACAAAUUCCGGGUUGAAAAUACGUCUGAUGAAUUUGCACUGUAUUUGCUUCAUGAAACCGGAGAACGAACCAAACUAAAAGACACAGAAUACCCGCUGAUAUCUAGAAUACUUCAUGGUCCCUGUGAAAAAAUAGCAAAGAUAUUCCUAAUGGAAACAGACCUGGGAGAAGAAGUCACCUAUGAUGUUGCUCAGUAUAUAAAGUUUGAAAUGCCUCUACUUGACAGUUUUGUUGAAAAAUUAAAAGAAGAGGAGGAGAGAGAAAUUACAAAAUUAACAAGGAAGUACAGUGCACUGCGAUCCAUGAUCCAGCAGCAGUUGGAGGACAUAGCUGAGAAAGGCAAUCAUUUCUGAGCAGAUUAAAUUUAAACACAGUUAACACUGAACGUUACAAACUCCAAAAUUACGGUUGAGUGUGUCUGUGCUUCACUUUCUGUAGUCUGAUCCACCCAAUAACAGACAAAUCUGGAGCCUCACUGAGUUAUUACAGUUCUUCAUUGUAUUGUCAGAAACGUAAAUUUUUAAAUCAAACAGAUUGUAAUUCAAACCGUAAUUCCUGUCCUAAUUCAGGUGUGGACACAAAAUAUGAAAUGGCAACAGGGAGCCAGCUCAGUGCUGGAUUCUUUUUUUUUUUUUUUUUUUGCUUUUUUUUUACACAUCACACAACAGGUAUAAGACAAGCCAUCAUUAAAUGGAAUACAUCUGACAGCUUGAUUGUAACAGUAGCUCUGGAGAGCAGAUGUACAGACCAGACCAAACCAAAGUUUCAAUGGGGAAUGUGCCUUUCUUUUGAAAGGAGUUACUGUCCAAAUUACUUAAACAUGUAAACCGUAUUUAAAACUACUGUAUGUAAAAUUAUAAUUGUCCAUUUUGGGUGUAAUCAUUUGUGUAUAAUUAAGAGUAUGCUAAAAUGCAUGGUAGAAAAGUGCUUCACUUUAGGAAAUACAGCUAUCAAAUAUUUUCUUAGGAGAGCCAAAGCAUGAAAUGAGUUUGCUUCCGGAAGUUGGUCUUCACGCUUUGGCUCUGCAUCCCAGUAAACAAUCACUGCUUUUUCUACGACUCGCGGAGUUCAUCAUGUAACUGAAGGGAAAUCAACGAAAAAUGUAUAAAGGCUUUAGUCAGUGUUUUGUUAAUUAAUUCCUAGGAAAAUAUGUCCUUAAAGGAAAAUACAGGUUCACCAUAAUGCGUGCAUCUUUCAUAUAGGAAAAUGUCAGUAAAUUAUAUCAGGUCAGCUUUACUGGAAAUAUUUUGUCAGCUCUUUGUCAUUUAAAUGCACUUGUGUAAGAUUAAUGUACUGGCAUAAUAUAUGUGUAUUAGAUGGUAAACUGCAGUAAACUGUUGUCCUAGUUUAUCAGCCUGAGUCCUCAGGAACCCUAACAGUGCAGGUUUUUGUUUCAAACUGAAGCUUAAAUUAUGUUUUACAUUUGCAUUGCUUUCCGGUGCACAUAUAAAUACAGUAUGUAAUGACUGUGAAUACAUGUAUUGUUAUAUGUACACUAGAGUACAAUACAAACUUUGGAAAAAAGAAAUGACUUUGAACGAAAAACAGGAUGUUACAGGUCUUUGAGGAAUGAGGUUAGGAACCUGUCUCCUAGGGUUACGUGUUCAUUUUUUAAAUGUUUCUGUCUGAUAAGAACUUUGCUUUGUGUGAUUUAAAAUCUUAAUUCGUGUAAAUUGUUGUAAUAUUAAAGCAGCAAUAUUUAAAGUUAAGAUAUAGAUGUUUGAUUAACUGAGCACCUGUCCAAAACAUAGGAAAUGCCACUCUUUUUGAGUAUCUAAUAGGGUUUAAUAAAGUUUUUUUUUUUUUAUAAACAUUGCUUUUACUUGUAUUCUAAAUGUAAAUAUUGCAUACCUAUUUUUGACUAAAUACCAGUGUACAUCUUUUUAACAAUGUACUUUAAUAAAGCCUCCAUAUUUCUAUGUA